AUGAAACACUUAUUAGUGAAUUAUAGAAGUGAUGGAGUAGUCUUUGAGAAUUUAAGAAUUAAAGAUUAUUUCAGUAUUGAAUAUACCAGUUACCAAUUAACAACACAAAAAUUACAAGGAGAAGUAAUUCAAACAUUUCAAUUAUCUGAGCUAAUGGGAUUUAUUAAAAUAGAAAAUAUUAACUUUGCUAUUGUAAUUCAAGAAAAUAAAGAAAUAUGCUCAUUACAAGAAAAAAAAAUAUUAGAAGUUUUAAGCAUUGAUUUAUUACCAAUUUUACCAAUUGAACAAUGGAAAAAUACAUCAUCAUUUGUUAAAGAAGAAGUAAGUAAAGUAAAAGAAAUGUUAAUGACAUUUAAAUUGUAUUAUUCAUAUGACUUAGAUAUAACUUUAACUUUACAAAACCAACAAGAAACAACAUUUACUGACCCAAGAUUCUUUUGGAAUGAAAGUUUAGUCUCAAUAUUACAACCAUAUUUUGCACAUUGGAUUGUUGUAUUUAUGGAUGGAUUUAUUAAGUCGAUACCUUUAAUAAAUUCAACAACAAAAAAUAUUCAAUACAUAUUAAUUUCAAGAAGAGAUAAAACUCGUGCAGGGUUAAGAUUUUCUUCACGUGGGGCUGAUAGUUCAGGAAAUGUUUCAAAUUUUGUAGAAACAGAACAAAUUAUUACUGAUGGUAUUACACAUAGUUCAUUUAUUCAAGUACGUGGAAAUAUUCCUUUAAUUUGGAAAACAAAAGAAACUGAUUUAUUUAAGCCACGAGGAAAAUUUGUAGAAGAUUCAAGACAAAAUGAUGUUUUAAUUAAACAUUUUAAUAUGUUAAAAGAAAUGUAUGGAGAAAUUACAGUUAUUAAUUUAUUAAAUAAUAAUGGAGAUGAAAAAGAAUUACAUGACAUGUAUGAACUUUUUGUUAAAGCAAAUCUACUUCCAAUUAAAUACUUUGGAUUUGACUUUCAUAAAAUAUGUGCAAAUAAAAAAUAUCAAAACAUUGAAAUAAUUAUGGAAGAAAUUAAACCAAUAUUAGAAAAUAAUAAAUUUUAUUUUAAUAAUUCUAAAGAAGUAUUUAAUCAAUUAGGAAUUAUUAGAACAAAUUGUAUUGAUUGUUUGGAUAGAACUAAUGUUAUUCAAUCUUCAAUUGCUAAAUAUUUAUUAAGUAAACAGUUAACUCUUAUUCUUGGAAAUAAAACUUUAUUACCACUUAACGCUCUUAUUUCUAAUUCAGAACUUACUAAUUUUAUGAAUUUAUGGGCUGAUCAUGCUAAUGUAAUGAGUUAUAGAUAUACUCAAACAGAUGCAAUGAAAACAGAUUUUACAAGAAAAGGAAAAAGGGAAAUUAAAGGAAUGAUUAAUGAUGGAUUAAUUAGUGUUCAAAGAACUAUAAUAUCAGUUAAAACUGACCAAUAUAAAAAGCCACAAGAAACAUUAGAUUUUAUAAUGGGAAAAAUAAUAUUUGAUCAAGAAAAUGUUUGGUUUAAUAAUUAUUUCUUUAUAAUUAUUUAA